UGGGCAGGGAGGCCCCAGCCCAUUCGGCUCCUGGACCGCAGCAGAGGCAGCAGCAGCACCUGGGCCAUGGCAGAGGACGGGCCGAAGCAGCCGCAGAUCAGCAUGCCGCUGGUCCUGGAUGAGGCCCUGACCAAGCAGAUGCGUCUGCGCGUGGAGAGCCUGAAGCAGCGCGGGGAGAAGCGCCAGGACGGGGAGAAGCUGCUGCGGCCGGCGGAGUUCGUGUACCGCCUCGACUUCAUCCAGCAGCAGAAGCUGCAGUUUGAGCGCUGGGACGUCCUGCUGGACAAGCCGGGCAAGGUCACCAUCACGGGCACCUCCCAGAACUGGACGCCCGACCUCACCAACCUCAUGACGCGCCAGCUGCUGGAACCCGCGGCCAUCUUCUGGCGCAUGGAAGGCUCGGAUGCCAUGGAUUGGAACGAGGCCGACGCCCUGGAGUUCGGGGAGCGCCUGUCGGAACUGGCCAAGAUCCGCAAGGCCAUGUAUUUCCUCAUCACCUUCGGCGAGGGCAUGGAGCCCGCCAACCUCAAGGCCUCCGUGGUCUUUAACCAGCUCUGAGGCAGCUGCCCACUGCUGCCCCCUGCUCUCACCCAUCUGCCCUGCCCCCUGCCCCCGCCCCCAGGUGUGUAUUUGGGGACCUGUUUCUAGUUGCUAUCCUGUGCUCAGCGUGGCCAGGACCCCCAGGCCUGUGUCCUCCCUCCUCUCCUCUCCUGGUGCGGGCGCUCCUGCUCAGGGAGGAAGAUGCGAAGGCUCUGUAGUCUAGAAGCUGAACUGGCUGCCGCUGCUUGAGCUGUAGACCCGGAGGCCAGGCUGGGGCUAGUGCAGGAGGAUGGAGCGUCCGUGGGCACCUGCCUUCUCUGUGCCUCACUGUCAGGAGAGAGACCGAGGGAGACCGAGGGAGACAGACACAGACACAGACACAGACAGGGAUCCGAAGAACCAGCCAUCGGCUUCCUCUGCAGACGGGGAGACGGAGACGGAGACGGCAGAGCGGCUCCUUGGGAAUCCAGCAAACAGGCAUUUGCUGCCCGUCCAGCCACAUCCAGGAAGGUGCUGCCCCUGGCCUGGGCCUGGUGUGAGCGCCUCGGGGGCCCUCGGGACGUUUGGGCAGUGAGGACUGGCUGGCACGCUGGAGGCUAUCGGACCAACCUUCUUGCUCUUCUGAGAAUGACUGCAGGAGGGAGCAUGAAGGGGAGCAUAAAAGUCAUGCAGAGAUGACCUAUCUAUACAUGUGCAUAUACGCGGAGAGAGAGCACGCUGCCUUCACAUGGAUAUAUUCUAGAGUCUAUGCCUGCCCUGUGGCCACCUGACCUGAGAUGAUCUAUGAUAGGAUUGCCCAGCUGGCUCACGCCUGGCCCGUAGCAGGGGCUUGGUUAGCAUGACCUUAGGGAGUGGGGCUUCCUGAGCUGGGAGGCUCUGAGGUUCAUACUGUGAAGGGGGAACAGUGUAGUAUAGGGGUUCCCUCUGCCUGGGGAGCUGGGUGGAGGGGUUCAGAGCCCUGGAGCUGGGACCGUAGGUUGUAGGGCCUUGGAUGUCCCCACUGGGUCGUCAACUUCCCAGCUCACUGGCCAGAGGAGGUGAGUGUGCCGCCUGUGUGCCAUCUCUGGCAUCUGUGGUGGAGCUGAGGGGUGGGGGCGGCCUGCCAGGUCAGUUGUGAUGGCCGAUGGUCAGAAGCGGGCUGCAGGGGGCCGCAUGCUGUGAUGGGAGAACACUGGCCUCAGGGGUCACUGGGCACAAUGCACCCACCGAACAGGGAACACGAGACACCGUUAUCAGCAGACUCAGUUCUCCCCAAGCCUCACGCCCCUGCACAGGCCCAGUGAGCCCCCUUUGAAGGAGGGGCCUGGCCCGCCUGGCAUCAGCUGAGGGCACCUCAGGAAGUGCCCCCAACACCCUGCCGCAGGCCAGCCCUGGCUUUUGUCAGGGACGUGCCCUGUCAGGGACAUGCCCGUGACAUUUUUCUCACAAUGCAGAGCCCUCAGGGUGUUGCAGGUCCUGGGAACAGAUGCACUGAGAGGUGGAGGUCAGAGCCCUCCCCACUAGCCACGGCUGCUGGCAGGCGGGCCCCCACUUUGGAGGUGUGGGUGGAAGUCUGGAUUCCUCAGGUGGGAGACUGGCUGUGGUGGCUACGGUCCUUUGUAACGCGGCUCUGGCCUGUUCCGGAUGUGCUUAAAGUCCUGGCAUUGCCUGCUUUGCUUCCCCACUGACUAUUGGGGGAGGCCGGGCCCCUGGGGCUGGCCCUGCCCCCUGCCUCUUUGCUUGCCCUCUCCCUGCAGUUCUGGGGACCCUCUUUGGCAGACUAACCGCCUGUACCCCCACCCUGCCCUGUGCAUGACCCCAAUAA